UUGACUGUUGUUUUUCACAACACAAUUUUUAUAUUUUAUAUAUUAGCCCAGUACAUAUUUGGCCGCAAUUACGAAGAUGGAUAUAGUACCGACUUGUCGGGCAUGCUUGAAAACGUCAUUAUCUUAUAUAGAUCUCGAGACUCCUUUCGAGCAAAAAGUUUUCGGAAUUCGACUGGACAAUCAAACAAAUGCAUUUACUACAUAUAUGGAUUGCUUUCGAGCUUGCACUCAACUGCUAGCGACUGAUCGAGAAGAACAAAUGCCUCAAAGUCUUUGUGAACAGUGUGGAUUUGAAUUAGGUAUUGCUUGGAACUUUCUGCAGAAAGCUAUACAGACAGACAAAGUGUUGAAAACCUUCAUAGGAAGCCGAAAAUUAAAAGAACAUAUAAAGGCUGUGCAAAUUGGUGACGAUAACGAAUAUCAUACUGAAAUUGCAAUUGUUUCAGAUGAAAAUACUUUCACUGCCGACAAAGUAGAGGAAAAUAGCGAAUCCUUUUCCGAUAACGAGGGCGUUACAAAGGAGAAUGUGAUCGUUGACGAAUCCGAAAAUGAAGAUGAAAUGGUGUUUUGUUUGACAUGUAGCUCCUAUUUUAAUUCUAAAUUUGAACACAGUCAUAUUAGUACCCCUGGUACCUGCAUAAAAAUAAUUGAUGAAACCCAAUUGAACACAAGCUUUAGCACCGAUCUUUUACGAAGUGAUAAAAAGAAGGACGAAGAUCCAUAUGCAGCUAAUAAUAACGGUUCCCCAAAUAUAGAAUACUGCAUCUUGGAAGUAAGAGACGUUUCUGUGGAAAAUAAUAGUAAAACUAAUGAAAGCUCUGAAGAAUGUGAUGAAGAUGUUAAAAAGGUCUUGAAAGAAGAUAGUAUUGACAGCGUAAUAUCUAAGGAAAUAGAUGGAAGUUGUGAUAAAAUAAUUGAUAAAAAUUCGAGCUCUGUUUUCUACUGCUCAACUUGCUUUCAAUCGUUUGAAACACGUCGUGGUCUUUUACUUCAUACGCGCACUCACUCGACCAUUGAUGGUAAAGAACUCGUCUGCAAAAUUUGCAACAAAAAAGUCAAUAAGGAGGAGACGAUGCGUAAACACAUAAAAAAUACACAUUCAACUAUUAUACAGUGCACUGAAUGCAGCUAUCGAUGUCCGGAGCUCAAAAUGUCAGACCACAUACGUCGUUAUCACGCCAAAUCGAAGAACUUUGCUUGCAACAUUUGCGACAAAAUGUUCGUCUGCCAAAGUUUAUUGAACACUCAUCAUAAGUAUCAUCAACGCAAAGAGGCAAAUAUUAAAUCCGAUGCCUGUGAAAUUUGUGGCAAGCGAUUCUCCACGCAGCAUUACCUGCGUCUACAUGUAGAAGUACAUCGUAACGAACGACAACUUCACCAAUGUGACUACUGUGAUAAGAUCUAUGUUAGCAAAAUUGCUCUUGAAAAUCACAUCCGCCUUCAUAAAGGCGAAACAAUAAACUGCGAUCAGUGUGGAAAGCAAUUUGUACGUCAAUAUGAAUUGAAUGUGCACAUGCGUUUCCAUACACGUGACUAUCCGUUUAAAUGCGAUGUUUGCGGGAAAAAAUUCGCAAUAAAGGGGCACUUACGUACGCAUAUGUGGAGGCAUCAGGGACUGAAGUUGCAAUGUGAGGAAUGUGGAAAGCUGUUCACUUCGACCAAGGCAUUGCAGGAACAUUCAUUUGUCCACAGCGAAAUGCCAUUUCCUUGCAGUUAUUGUGGACGCGGCUACCCCUCAAAACAAAAGUUUAAAGUCCAUCUUAAAAUGACGCAUCUCAUCGAGCUUACUGAGGAGGAACUGCUAAAAGUAACAAAAUCGCAACCGCCAAAGCCUUUGCAGCGAAAAAAACUUACUUUAGUACAAGCGGAUAGUGUUAUGAAAGAGAUAGAGGUAAAAGAUAGCGGUGGGGAAACUGUAAACGAAGGAGAAGAAAUAUUGGUCGAACUUUAUUGA